AGCAACCAAACUGGCAAUGAUGAACACCGCCAUCAGUCACGGUUAACCAAGCUGCGUCACAGAAUGGCAGAGGAGGAGCAUAAUGCUAAAGAAAAACAUUACACCAUGAUUUUAAUGAAACGUGCAAAACUAGCACAGGAACUGGCAAAACUGGAUGCUCUUCUAAAAUCCCAGCCUGAAAAUACUACUGACAUGAGUUCUCAGCAUGAUAUUCAGGUACCAUUACAACUUGCAGCCUAUAAAAGGGAUAUUCAGAUGUUUGAUGAGUGGGACAGCCACUACCUUCAUCUGAUAGUUCCUUCUUGGAGGAAUUAAGGACCAGCGAAAGAUUGGAAAAAGAGCAGCAGGCAAGAGUUCCUUCUGUAUUUUCCACAUCACCAAUUCAACCUGAAAAUUGCUCUGUUGAAUACUUAAAAAAGAGGCCAUCAAGACAAAAACAGGUCUCUACAUAUACAGAAACAUCUUUUGAUGAAUCUGAUUACACAGACUAUAGUGAUGCUGAUUAUAUUCCAGACUCUGAAGGAAGUUCCUCUCAGAAAGACGAAGAUGUGCCUCUUAAUCCAAUUGCAAAGAAGCCUCUGCCUUCUCUGCGAUACCCCCAUUUAUCGCCAUCAAAACAAGAUAUUUCUUCAGAAAUUUCAGUGAAUAGAAAUGUUACCAUUAGUCCUAAGAAGAAGAUCUCUGAAACUCCAAGAAAGAGAAGGUUCUUAUCCCAAAGUGCAACAAAUAGCAAUGAAAGUACACCAAAGAAAAGAAGAGUUGAAGAGAUUUCGGACUCAAUCAGAGUGUUACCACCUUUAAAGUCUGGAAAUCGCCGUGUGUAUAAUAAGAGAAACUAUUGUCUGUAUUGUCUCCAACCCACAUCAAAACUUGCACGACACCUGGAGGCUGUACAUAAAAAUGUAGAAGAGGUUGCUCUUGCCUUUCAAUUUCCCAAAAAUUCAAGAGAGAGACGCAAUAGGUUGAACAUGCUUAGAAGACGUGGAAACUUUGCCCAUAAUGCCAGUGUGGUCAAGAGGGGAGCCGGUGAGCUCCAGGCCUGCUAUAGACCAAGGAAAUCCAGGGGUGCCAUUGAUUUCAUUCACUGUUAUCACUGCCAAGGACUCUAUGCUAAGAAAACACUGUGGAAGCACAUGAGAAGAUGCCCAGCAAAGAAAGAAAGUAAUGAAGACUCCAAGAAUGGGAAGCAGAGAGUUCGAUCCAAAUGUGCACUGAAAACUGCUGUUGCUCGUGACAUUGGAGAGGGUUUGAAAACUGUUAUUUCCUGUAUGAAAUAUGAUGAAAUUACUCAAUUAAUUCAAAAUGACCAACUUCUUCUGCAGUUUGGACAGCACCUGUAUGAUCUGAAUGGCUCAAGAAAGAACAGACAUGACUACAUAAGGCAAAGGCUUAGGGAACUUGGGCGACUGCUUCUUACGACUCGGAAGAAUACUGCCAUUCAAAAGGCAGAGGAACUGAUUUAUCCUGCGAACUUCAAUCAUUUGAUAUCUGCAGUGAAAGAGUUGGCUGGGUACAAUCCAGAGGGAAAUACCUUCCAGAAACCUUCCUUGGCUCUAAAAAUUGGCAACAAUCUGGGAAUUAUCUCUGAGCUUGUUGAGACUGACAACUUGUCCUCAGAAGACGGAGACCCAAGCCUUGUGUAAUUUGCCCGAGAAUUUAGGAUGAUCAAAAAUUUUAGAUGGAAGGGACUGAUCACCAGAGGUGCAACAACAACUAUGAAGGAGUCCAAGUGGAAUGCACCACAGAUUUUACCUUUGACAGAUGAUGUCAAAUGUUUGGAUAGUCAUAUGGAGACUGUUAAAGCUGGUGCUGAAAAAGUACUGAGAUUGACGCCCACUCCAUACCACUAUGCAAUGCUUGCCAAAGUAACACUUGCUCAAGUGAUCAUUUUUAACAGAAGAAGAGAAGGAGAGGUAUCACGAAUGGAGUUGUCCACCUUCAAAGAUAGAAAAAAGUCAGAAAUCAAUGUGGACAUGACUGCUUGCCUGACCCCACUUGAGAACAAAAUGUGUGAUUUCUUCACCAGAGUAGAAAUCCGUGGAAAACGAGGGAGAGGCGUUCCUGUUCUCUUAAAACCAUCCAUGGUCUCUGCAAUGGAGCUCCUUGUGGAAACGCGUGAAUCUUGUGGUGUCCCCAAAGAGAACAUCUACAUGUUUGCUAGACCAGGAGCUUUAUCUGCCUAUCGAGGAGGAGACUGUAUCCAGAUGUUUGCAAAGGAGAGUGGUGCCAAACACCCUGAAUUCUUAACAUCAACAAGGCUCCGAAAGCACAUAGCAACAAUGUCACAGGUGCUUAAUCUUCAAGAAAAUGAAGCAGACCAACUAGCAGACUUUCUGGGUCAUGACAUCCGUGUGCACAGGCAGUAUUACCGCUUGCCUCAGGGAACCCUUCAGCUUGCUAAGAUGAGCAAAGUGCUUUUGGCAGUGGAGAACGGAACUCUUUCAUAUUACAAAGGCCAAACACUCGAUGAUAUUGAAAUUGACCCUGAAGAAAAAGUUGAUUUGCAAGAUCUGGAUUCCUCAAGCGAUGAGAGUGAGUCUCUUCAUUCAGCUAUGGAGACAACAAAUACACAAGAAACUGAGACAACAGAUCAGGAUGAAGACACUGGACCAGGGACUUCUUCAGGUCCAACAACUUGUUACCAUCCUCCCUUGAAAAAGGGCAACCAAGGUGACUCCAAACGUAAGUGGGAAGACAGUGAGGUACGUGCAGUUGAAAGACACAUGAUGCGUUUCAUCCACACAUGCAAGGUGCCUCAGAAGCUGGACUGCAUUCGGUGCAUCAAUGCAGAACCCUAUGCACUCAAAGACAGAACCUGGACUGGGGUAAAAAAUUACGUUAGAAAUCGCAUUACUGCCUUGAAGAGAAGAGCUUGUGCAAAGGACUGAGAGCUGUUUGUUCAUUUUCAGUUCCAUUUAAGUUCUCUGUUUUUCAGGUAAAAUGGUUCGGAAUAUGUUUUGAACAAUUUUAGGCUCAGUGAUUAGGUGUAUUUUUACCUAAAGCCUUUCCUCAUUCUGAGGGGUUACAAAAAACAAAA